AUGGUUAGAGUCAGAGGAGGAUCUACUAGUGCCGGACGAUCCUUUAGGCUUAGGGAUGAAGACAUUGAAAUCGUGGAACCACCUCCUGUGGCACCCAAAAAGAAGAGUGUAACCCGUGGUGGUAAGGUGAAGCAAACUGCCCAAAGAAAACUGGAUAUUCCAACUGCUGAAUCAUCUGAUGAACAGUUGGAAGAACAGAGCUCUGAAGAAAACAUUGCUGGUGGAAACGAGGAACCAGAACAGGCUGUCCGGGGUGAUAAAGCUGUCACAAGGUCCUCUGCUAAAAGAAAGAGGUCUGCAAAGAGGAAGAGCACUCCUCAAUCCAAGAAAAAGCAGUCUGCUGAUCCCUCUGAUGAUCAGCAGAAUGAAGGAAACACCACUGGGAGUCAGAAAACUCCUGAACCCUCUACCAGGAAGUCUCCAAGGACAAGAACUGAGGCUCAAAAUGUAGAGGCAUCUGCCACACAAACCUCAAACAGGAAACGUUCUGGAAAGGAUCCUGUGUCUCAGCCAGAGACUGUUGCUGAGUCUAGAAGGAAAAAUUUUCAUGAAACCCCUAUCACUCCUAGGACUCCUCAUGAUCAGUCAGACUUUGUCUCUCCUUUCACCAUUCAUCCUAGGAAGUCUGCUAGCAGGUCCUUCGCAUCCAAUUCUGAAGUCAUUUCCUUGCUUGAAGUUCUCAAACAGCAUGUCUUGCUUAUUGAAGAAGGACCAACUACUGGUGCUGAGACUACACUAGCUUCCAGUUCUCAGCCCAAGGAUAAAGGCAAGGCUCCAGCAACUGAGGAAUCAGAUGAAAAUAGUGAUGAAGAAACUGAAGAAGAAGAGGAUCCUGCACAGUAUCGUCUGGCAAGGAGAAGGCCUGGAUCAUCUAAAAUCACCAUCUAG